AUGAUCUCAUGAACAAAAUGAAACAAAUGGAUCUUGAGGAUGAAAUGGAAGAAGAUGAAGAGGAAGAAGAAGAGGUUCAAAAGAAGCAACCAAAAGGCAAGAAAGGAAAGAAGCAGGCACCCCAAAAAGUCUUUGCCCUCCAGGAUGAAAUGGAGAAUGGUGAUGAUGAGGAGGAGGAAGAUGAUGCAGAGGAGACCCCAGCUCCAUCAAAGAAAGAGGAUGCUGCUCCAAAAGAAGUAACUCCUCCUGCUAUCGCCAAGGAUGAACCAGCAGAAGUUGAGGAACCAGCUCCCAGUAAUGUGAAGAAAGACAAGAAAAAGAAAAAGAAAGGUCGCUUUGAUUUCCUUGAGGAGGUACAGGACGAGGUGGAAGAGGAGAAGAAGGUGGAAGAGAAGAAGAUUAAACCAUCUAAACAAGAAGAAGAUGAUGACGAGGAUGAUGAAUCAAAGGAGGAGGAACUACAAUUCUCUUAUAUGGACGGAGAAGAUGUAGCUCCCAAAGAGGAGGAGAAAGGAGCUAAGAAGAUGAGCAGAAAGGAGAUGAAGAGACAGAAAAAAAAGGAGCAAAUGAAACUGGAGCUGCUUGAAGAUGGAGACCUGUCUAACUUCUCUCUGUCUCAACAAGCAACUAACGUCAAAGGAGCUGCCCUGGAGAACGCUAAAGAUAUCAAGGUUGAGAAAUUCUCUAUUUCUGCUGCUGGCAAGGCACUGUUUGUGAACGCAUCACUUACCAUCGCUCAGAGCCGGCGCUAUGGCCUAGUAGGACCCAAUGGGAUGGGGAAAACAACUCUCCUUUCACAUAUAGCAGGAAGGAAAUUAGCGAUACCACCCAAUAUAGAUGUGCUUUUAUGUGAACAGGAUGUGAAAGCUGAUGACACCCCUGCCUUCCUAGCUGUAUUGAAUGCUGAUAAGAAGAGAUUAGCACUGCUAAAGGAGGAAAAAGAAUUAUUAGAAGAAAAUGAGAGAGGUGACCAUUCCAAGUCAGAAAGACUGAAAGAGGUUUAUGAGGAAAUGGAGGUCAUUGGAGUAGCAUCUGCUGAGGCUCGAGUCAGAAGAAUUCUUGCUGGUCUAAGUUUCACACCCGACAUGCAGAAGAAACCAACCAAGGAUUUCUCUGGAGGAUGGAGGAUGCGUGUAUCACUUGCAAGAGCUCUUUUCAUGGAACCAACUCUUCUCUUACUUGAUGAACCUACAAAUCAUCUCGACCUCAAUGCUGUCAUCUGGCUUAACAGUUACCUUCAAUCUUGGAAGAAGACACUCCUUAUAGUUUCUCACGACCAGACAUUUUUAGACGAAGUGUGUACUGAUAUCAUUCACUUAGAUAUGCAGAAAUUACAAUACUACAAAGGAAAUUACAAUACAUUCAAGAAAAUGCUGGGCCAGAAGAGGAAAGAACAGAUGAAAGACUAUGAGAAACAGGAAAAGCUGUUGAAGAGUUUGAAAAGUCAUGGCAAGUCCACAAAAGCUGCUGAGAAAGAGACGCGUGGCCAGCAAAAGAGGAGGAACGACAAGGGUAAGAAGAAAGGAGAUCCUACGGACGAGGAUGUAGGGCCGCAGGAGCUUCUCAAGAGACCUAAAGAAUACGUUGUGAAAUUCACCCUCCCGAACCCUCCUAGCCUGAGUCCGCCCAUCCUAGGAAUAUAUGGUGUUACCUUUGGUUAUCCUAACCAGCCCAAGUUAUUUGUUGACUGUGACUUUGGUGUGGACUUGGCAUCAAGAGUUGCAAUAGUUGGACCGAAUGGAGUUGGAAAAAGUACAUUCCUGAAUCUACUCAAGGGUGAAAUUGAACCUCUGAAAGGAGAGGUCCGUAAGAAUCACAGGUUACGUAUUGGAUCGUACAGCCAACACUCUGCAGACCAGCUUACUAUGGAUGUCAGUCCUGUAGAGUACCUACAGACAAAAUACAACCUGCAGUACCAGGAUAGCCGUAAGCUCUUGGGCCGAUUUGGACUGAUCAGUCAUGCCCACACCAUCAAGACCAAAGACCUGUCCGGUGGUCAGAAGUCAAGGGUAGCCUUUGCUGACCUGUGCCAGAGCCAACCAGAUAUCAUUAUCUUGGACGAACCUACUAACAACUUGGAUAUUGAGUCUAUCGAUGCCUUGGCUGAUGCUAUCAACAAAUAUACUGGAGGAGUAAUCAUUGUGAGUCACGACGCCAGACUGAUCACUGAGACGGAUUGCCAGCUGUGGGUCAUCGAGGACCAGAACAUCAACGAGAUCGAUGGUGGCUUUGAUGACUACAAACAUGAACUCCUACAAGAACUUGGAGAGACUGUUGACAAGAAAUGAUCAAAACUUGACAUGGACUCUGACUGACUGUUAUGUCGACCAUCAACAGCAUGAAUGUUGCAUGCUGGUCCAACAGUAGAAAAUUGCUUCCAAGAACAGGACUUGGGAUACUUCAUCACCUUAAAUUUCAGAAAACUUGAAUUUGACUUCUUCAAAUUUAAUGUUUCAAUAAUGGGGAACAAGAUAUAUUCGAUAUGUCCUUCUUCAGGAAAGAAUACUGAUUGGGGUAUUAAAACAUUAGUCAGUUAAGUGAUCAUGGUAACAAAAUUUGAUAAUUUACUCAAUUCCUAAUUUGUCUUUAAAUGGUCUUUAAUUAUGUAACGUUCAUGAAAGUUUUUCAUGGUGCAAUGUUUUCACUCUCUUCAUUGAAAAUAUGAUGUAUUUUCACUCUAUUUAUGCUUCUCCUUAUAAACCUAUCCUAUAGUCUGUUACAAACCCAAACAAAUUUGUGCUUCAUAUGACAAAUGUUUUAACUUGAACAUAGAAAACCCCAAAUCAAUAACUUAUUUUGGUUUUGUCAUGGUUCUGGCUUUCUUUCUUUUUUAAUCUUAAACCACCUAAAUUUACAUGUUGUAUUCUAAAAACUAUGUUAUUUUUGUGUUGCAUUAGUAAAGCAAUGUUAAUUGUUUUAACAAAUCAAAAUGAGGAGAAUUCAUUGGUAAUAUUUUCACAGUGUUGGACGCAUAAGCGUACAGUUAAAUAUCUACAAAAGCACCAAUGUUAAGUGUUUAUUCCAUUCAAUUUCAGUUUGUUAUGACAAUGAGUCGGCUAUCUGCAAGAAAGCUGGAACAGCUAUGUAUUCUCAAUGGUAGUACACGUAAUAGCCUCCCUGUUAGUAGUGGACGAUAUAACAUCAUUUCUCUAACGUGGCAGAUAGUGUCAUUUUCAGAAUAGGGCCUGAGGUUUCUAAAAUAGCACAUAGAGUCUGUGGCCCCUGGAUACAUACAACAGUAUGUUUAUACUAUCUAUCUUUGCUCAAGUAAAAUAAACAAACAUAAAAUCAAUAUUCUUUACAUACUGGCAUAUAAUUGAGGUUUAUAGCUAUUGUUGGCUACACCUGUGUGUGUAUUUUGAUUGCACACAUGUUUCUAUUCACCGGUGGCAGUCGUGACCUUGUCCAAGACGUGUCUUUUGUUCUGCAAUGGUAUUGAUUUAUGCGAUGAUCAUUACUGGUUUGGCUGAUUUGAGUAACAAUCAAAUUUAAACUGUGUGGCAACGCAACCAGUCAUGAAUUGAGACUGUUGCAGAGGCAAUUUGAAAUGAUUAGAAUGAUCAAGGGAUCAGAAUUGUGAAUCCAGCCAUGAAAUUGGUUAAUAUGAAAAAUUAUUUGGUUUGAUUAUGAAUAGUAAUGAAUGAAAGUCUUCUUGAAUUCUAAAGAAUUCAAAUAAAGGGCUAUAUACAGCUUGUAACUAAAUGAACUCCUUUCUUUCUUUCUUUCGUCCUUUUUUCUUUGUUUAAAUUUGUCAUUGUGACUGAUAAGGCAAGGGUACAUUGGAAGCACACAAAACAAUUAUAUUAUAAUGAUAUAAUAUAAGAAAUGCAUAUUAUUAUUACUUAUAUUAUGAUUCAUUUCUCUCCCAUUUUGCAUUCCCACAACUAUGUAUCCAUGUCUAGUUUGGGAGAGAGUUGAAGGAAAUUGUGAUUUUGUUGCAUGUUUCUGGAUGCAGUUUGCAUCUAAAACUUUAUAAUAAAAGAACUUUGAAUGAAGGAUGGAGCUUUCAUGAAACAGUCAAUGAAGAUCUGUAUUAUUUGUAUCCUUCUGUCAGCAUUACCAUGGAUACAUCACAACUAUGGUAAUCAAGUUUAUUUCUAGUUCUAUUCCAUAGUCAUUGGCUCAACCCUAGUCAGCUUUUUUCAUGAAAUCCUGGGAAUUUAUUCCUUCAUAUUAUGUAGAGUCCAGAAUUAUUGUUUUGUAAGGUUGCUAAAAGGUAGUAUCGAUUCUUUACUGUGAUUGACUUCUGAAAUGUCUCAUUCCCAUAGGCUUUAAUACAGGAACCAUAAUUUGGUUCCAGUAGGCAAUUUGUUAAAUCUUUUAGAAAGUUAUUCAGAAGAUUUGAAUUAUAAUCUUCAUAAUUAUGCUACAGGGUGUUUUCAUUUUCCUUCACGCUGUAAGAAGGCAACAGAAACUUUGCUAAAAACAUAUUGAUACAAAAGUUGACGAAAUUCCAUAUUUCUUUGGUUAAUUUUUCAUAACAUUACAAACUGGCUUUAAAAUACAUGUAACAGAUCAGAUGCAUUAAUUUACUCUUAACAGCAUGUGACCAUUUUGUUUGAUUCAGUUGAUAGUCAUUUUACUCAGGUUCAACUUUUGUUUGAAGAUUGACUAUGGUGACGUAUGAAACAAAUAAAUAAAAAUAUAUAGAAGCAUGUAAA